GCAGCGAGAACUGUCUUUGUUGAACACCCUUUCUACUAGUAUGGAGUGGUUUGCGGAGUGUGUCACAGCAAAAAUUGAGUGAUGUCGAUGUAGGGAGAUUUCUUCUCAGAAGGCAACACAGCUUGCAUCUAAAUAGUGAUUUGACAUACAAGAAAAGGAUUUGGAUGUUUUAUUAGGUCGACAUUAUAAGAACAAUAAAAUCGUCACAUUAGCAUUGUGAAAUGUCCAAGCUGUUUCUAAAUACCACCAUAUCCCACCUCUGUUCCUCCAUUUUAUCCUCUUUCAAACCCCUCGGACCAUUCUCACAUGCAGCAGCAUCAUUGCAUGUGCAUUCCUGUCCAGUACUGCAUCACAGGCUAUCAGCAAACAUUUUCCCUGCGCCGCGGAUCCAGUCGCUAGCCCCUCCCUCCGUGACGCGAAGUCUGCAGACGGCGCGGAGCGGCAGCUCGCGGCGUGAGGAGCGCUGGCGCAGAAGGGACCGCAUUCCGUCCGAGUUCCGGCUGGUGUAUGUCGCUCCCAACGAGCGGUGGAUGCGCGCCGCGGCGCUGGCCGUGGCCUCUCCGCUGCUGGUGGCCGUGCCGGCCGCGGCGCUGCGGCCGGCCUCGGUGCUGCUGGCCGCCGAGUGGCAGGUGCUGCUGGGCGGCGGGCUGUACGGCCUGCUGGCUGCCGCCGUGCUCCUGCUGACCUGGCGGUACCCGUUCCGGAUGUACCACAGCGCGGCGCGGCGUCAGUUUCGUGCCGUGCUCACCGGACCGCUGCUGCUCAACUCGCGGCAGCUCAGCCUGCCGGAGGGCUCGGUGAGCCGCGUGCGCAGCGUCUCCAACAUGAUGCCGUGGAUGGACUCCCUCUAUAAGAGCCAGCAAGGCAAGCUGGUGCUGCUGGACACGGGGUUCCAGUCGGCCGAGAUGUUCAACAGGCUGCUCGGGCAUCACGUGGACGAGGAUGGUGACAGCGGAGGUAGUGCAUAAAUGGUGCGUGGACAGUAGAGUUGCAAAGUUUUCCCCAAAGGCUGCUACCGGCACCGCCCCGCCCCACAAAAAUUUUCUGGGAUACCGGCAUGCUACCACGCCCCAAGCAAAAACACCGCACAAAUUACCGGCACCAUAAAAAACCUGCAUUCUUGAUAUGCCAUAUUUGGGCAGUUUCAGUACCCGUCCCACCCAGCAGCCAUCCAUUGUCCAAUCACAACUACCAGCAGACUGAUUUUGGCUGAGUUGGCCCCACAAAUAUCCACAAUUUUGAAACUCAAUUCCAGUCUAUAACUGUUCAAAUAUCACCUGUAAUCAAAGAGGUAUUGCAAAAAAAUCUAACACAUUCAUGAAAAAAAAAACAAGGACAAAAAGCACUUGAGUUACUGAAAUGUGUUUCUGAAGACUGGGCAGUGAGCAGUAAUCAUAUUUACAUUUCAUAGGUGUUCUACUUUUCCACAUUCUCCUGAAAUGUUGCAGGCACCAGCCAAAUGUUUAAAAUCUAGAUGGUCAAAACAUAAACAAGUAGGUACAGAUUCGGCCAUGUUCCUAACUGAGAAAGCCAGUUCAACAUCUACUUUUUUAACAAUUAUAAUUAUAACCAAGCCUGUGAAAUGCUGAGGUCCAUGUAUUACCCCUACCCUUAGCAAUGGAACUUCUACCACAAAAUGUAUCUUGCAGUGGCUUAUAUUGCUGCUAUUACAAUUUGAGAGCCUCUUAGUGUCCAAAGUUUGAAUCAUAUGCUGAUAAUUUUUAUUUUGCACAAAAUCAAAAAUAUCGGCAUGCUACCGGCAAGACAUGCCAUAUACCACGAAAAAACCUGCGGUAGUGAAAAAUUACCGGCAUGCCGGUAGUGCGGUAGGGAAAUUUUGCAACUCUAGUGGACAGCGACUGGCAGACUAUUUGAAUCGCGAAAUAUUGUUAUGAUUUGCACAUUUGCUGUGGCAGCAUGUUUCGAAUAAAUAGGGUAUGCUUACCAGCUUUUACCAAAAUGUGGUUAGGUGCCUUAGAUUUGUUGGAAAUAACUGUUAUGGUAUGCCGCUCGAAGAUAUUAGGUGCCAAGUUAUGCCUGACAAAGUAAUUUUAGUUAAGCCAGUUAAGUCGAUAAACCAUAUGAGAAUGGAAAAGCGUCGCCCGUAUGAAUAAUUCAUGAUUGCCGUGGGCCAGGACAAGAAUGAACCGAGGAUCAAAAUGAGAAACAUGUACCCGAAAUAAAUGACAUAGGUAUGAGUAUGACGAAAGAAAUAGGUCGUGUUGGGUUAUUGGUGGUGGACAUGAAAAAGAUGCCGAUGAUGAACUUACGGCCUUCGGUCUCGUCAGUUUGGAUUUGUUACAAACACUUUAUGGUCUUCCUCAGGAAUCAGAAUGGCGGACCAGGACCGCAUGGUCUAGCCGUCUGGCCGAUCUACAUGAAGCAGAGGCCUCUUUCAGUAUUUUACCACGCAAACAUUCAUUGGUCGAUCCAGGGAGAGAGGGGCAUUUAGACACAGGUUACCACCCUCACCCAUCGCAUCGCCCUAAAAUAGA